AUGGUUCCAUGUUUGGGUUGGCCUAAUGAGGUCAUCAUACUCCCAGAAGAUACAGAUCCACUCCCGCAAGGAGAGCCAUCAGGUGAUGCAAACGGGAUGGGCCCAGCCCUAGCAGACAGGCGGGUGCCUUGGCAACAGGCCCAUCACGUGAUGAUCACGCGACCAGUCAGCUGUUCUCUCCCCUCCCCCCACACCUCCCUCUGCAAGAUCCGGCUACCUCCUUUCUGUACUAACUAA